UGGCACGGGCACGCACCGCCCAUGGUACACAGGGGAGGAGGGUGUUCGGUGUUGACAGCACCGACGAUGAGCAGGUGGACGAGGACGACGAGUCUUUAUUGCAUGCAUGUGAUUCACCGGCGCCUCCGGUCACUGAUGGAGGAGAGUCUCUUAGAUGGUCGGCGAGGCUGGUUAGCCGCGACACUACAACCCCAUAGACAGAGACCACUUGUUCGCAGCACCUGGACGAGAUACUGGGCGAUAUACCGGAGGGUGAGGAGCCCGAGCAGCGCACUCCAGGAGGAUCCAUCACAGGAUAUUCCUUCAGUCUUGCGGACGAGCAACUUCAUGGUGGGUGGGAUGGGCACGUCCGGUAGAGGUAUUGGUAGACGCCAGCACGUUCGAUUGGGGGACAUGGCCAACUACUGUCCUGACGACAGCCACACUGAGGAGACUCAGGCAGAGCGAGACGCGCGCAUUGACGCGGAGGAGGAGAGUCGUUUGUCUCGGAUGCAGUGGGUAAGGAAAGUGGCUUAUCUGGCGGAGGUGGAGCGCAUGAGACGGUUAGAGACCAUUGGUGCCGGUGGCAAUCAGGAGAGCGUGGAGGCUGUGCUCGGACAGGAUGCUGCCUUGCAGCCUUCGGGUGGGGGACAUGUUUCACCACAUCCGCCGACGUCGCUACCACACACGACCACCGACCGCCCUGCUGCGACACACCAUGCCACUGUCUCACCAUCCCCGACCAUUAUGGGACAUGUUGAUGUUGCACCUGUGUCUGAAUCGCCUCCUGGACCAUGCGGGUCGCCUGUGUCUCAUGCUCCUCUUACCUCAAAGGCAGGAGGUUCAGGCACAAUGGACUCGAAGUCGCAGGUUGUGCGCGACGUUGUACUGGGAGAUAUUGCACCCGGAGGUGCGGAGUUGUAGCAGGUGCUCAGUCAUGAGGACUGUGGUGUUGACGCUGGGGCUGAGGGUAUGGUGGCGGAUGUUGCAGACAUACAGGAGCCACACAGGGUGCCCAUUGACGUUAAGCCCAUCUCGGAUGAGGUUCCUGUGGGAGACAUAACAUGAGGCGACGAGGAGGAGUUGGGAGGGCACGGAGCGGAGGGCGAGGCGCGAGCGGAUGUUCACACGACUGACUUAGUCCUCGAUACAGAGGGCGGGUGUGGUGGAUCCGUUGCCCGGCACCCCUACUGGCCGUGAUAAAUGUCCUGAUUUCCG